AUGAUCCCGCGGAAACGCUACGGGACUAAGAACACGGAUCAGGGUGUCUACCUGGGUCUCUCGAAGACACAGGUCCUGUCCCCUGCAACUGCUGGCAGUAGCAGCAGCAGCGACAUCGCCCCUCCGCCCCCCCCAGUGGCCCUGGUCCCUCCCCCUCCCGACACCAUGUCCUGCCGGGAUCGGACCCAGGAGUUCCUGUCUGCCUGUAAAUUCCUGCAGAGCCGCCAGAAUGGGAUUCAGACAAACAAACCAGCUCUCCGUGCUGUCCGGCAGCGCAGUGAAUUCUCCCUCAUGGCCAAGCGCAUUGGGAAAGACCUCAGCAACACAUUUGCCAAGCUGGAGAAGCUGACAAUCUUGGCAAAGCGCAAGUCCCUCUUCGAUGAUAAAGCAGUGGAGAUAGAGGAGCUGACUUACAUCAUCAAGCAGGAUAUCAACAGCCUCAACAAGCAGAUCGCCCAGCUCCAGGACUUUGUGAGGGCCAAGGGCAGCCAGAGUGGCCGGCACCUGCAAACCCAUUCCAACACCAUAGUGGUCUCCCUGCAGUCGAAGCUGGCUUCCAUGUCUAACGACUUCAAAUCCGUUUUAGAAGUAAGGACAGAGAACCUGAAGCAGCAGCGGAACCGGCGGGAGCAGUUCUCCCGAGCGCCCGUGUCAGCCCUGCCCCUGGCCCCCAACCACCUGGGAGGAGGUGCCGUGGUUUUGGGGUCAGAGUCCCGUGCCUCCGGGGACGUGGCCAUCAACAUGAUGGACUCUCGGACCAGCCAGCAGCUGCAGCUCAUUGACGAGCAGGAUUCCUACAUCCAGAGCCGCGCGGACACCAUGCAGAACAUCGAGUCCACCAUUGUUGAGCUGGGCUCCAUCUUUCAGCAGUUGGCACACAUGGUUAAGGAACAGGAAGAAACCAUUCAGAGGAUCGAUGAGAACGUGAUGGGAGCCCAGCUGGACGUCGAGGGCGCCCAUUCCGAGAUCCUCAAGUACUUUCAGUCAGUUACCUCCAACCGGUGGCUCAUGGUCAAAAUCUUCCUCAUCCUCAUUGUCUUCUUCAUCAUCUUUGUGGUCUUCUUUGCCUGA